CACCGAUUGUAAGCGCACAAGCCGAGGGUAAGGUCACGGUAGUGAGCCAAGAAAGCUCGCACCUAUCUGCAUACUGCCGCGAAGAAGAAGAUUGAAUACAUAACAGCAGCAGUCAUGCAAAGAGCAGUGGCUGCAGCCGCAGCACUGCUCCUAUCCGCGUUAUCAGUCCUCGUCACGCAACGAAAGACAACGACACAGCUGCGCUGCCGCCCGUCCUCAGAGAUCUGGAUCAUCCGCCACGGCGAAAAGGCCGCGAAUGCGUCGCGGACCCUCGACCUCGACCUGUCGCCGGCCGGCGUCGACCGCGCACAGAACUUGGAACGCCUCGUGACGAGCGGCGACUGGCCACGGUUCGCCGCGGUCUACGCGACGUCGCCGAGCGCGCCGCCGUUCGUGCGGCGGGAGUACGAGACGGUGGCGCCGCUGGCACAGGCGCUCGGCAUACACAUAAACGUGUCGUUCGGCGCCUUCGAGACCGAGGCCCUCGCCGCCGACGCGAUGCGGACGGCUCGAAGCCUCGCCGCGACGGACGACUGCCAGUCGCCAGCGGUCCUGAUAGCUUGGGAACACUGCCGCAUUCCGAAGCUGCGGCGAGCGCUCGGCUGCGACACCGGGCGGUGUCGGGCUUGCUGGAGCGACCUCGACUACGACAGCGUCGACCGGUUCCGCGUCUUCGCCGGCGGAGGCGUCGACGUCCUGCCGCCCACGAGCGAGGGCUUCGGCGGCGGCGAGACGACAGAUUUCCUCUACGCCAUGUGCGUCGACAAGGAGAGCGAGGAGCCGGGCCUCGACUGCGUGCCGCCCUACUAGACGAGAGAAACACGACGGAAACGUAUUGUAUUGUGGUAGUAUUACGAGUAACUUUAAAUCUAGAGACAAGGGUAGGGCAGCAAGGG